AUGACAACUCCCUUCGUCAAGAAUCAAUGGGGAAAUAACGAUGGUAAAUGUGGAAUAUGUGGCGAUCCCUGGAAUGGACCACGGGAUCACGAAUUUGGCGGGAAAUUUUUCACAAAUCACAUAUCAUCUUCAUAUACAAGAAAUUCUGUGAUAGACUUAACAGUUAAUAUUAUGUCAAACUCUAUAGGAUGGAUGGAGUUUAGAAUUCACCCAUAUACCAAAAAUAUUGCGCAAAAUCAUUUAGAUAGGUAUUUACUUAAACUUGGAGGUAAUCAAACAACAAGAUAUCGAGUCCGGAGGUCAGGAUAUCAUGUGAUACCCGUUUUAUUACCGGAAUAUCUCGAGUGUGAGCGAUGUGUCCUUCAAUGGAGAUACCAUACAGGUUCUGUCUGGGGUUGUACUGAUAAUACCCAGACAGACUGUUGCUAUGGCUGCGGACCGGAACAGGAAGAAUUCUACAAUUGCGCAGACAUCUCGGUCACACAGAAGACCGGAACUAGCAAUCAACAAUCUGUACAGCAACAGGACAACAAACUUAAAUUCAAAAGAUUGCCAGUGACACCCAUCACUGAUUACCUGAGAUGGUGGUGCCUGACUCAGUGUGAAGAGGAGGAAUGUAGAGAACCAUCAUGUUCUACAAUCUCCCGCCAACGCAGAUCCACAGGUAACUGUUUGGCUGCCGGAGCCUGGAGGGGACAAGCUAACAUGGACACGUGGUGUCGGAACAAUUGUCAGAUAGGUUACUGUCCCGCGUCUCACUGUCAGUGCGAGGAUUUGAUCCCAGUCACUACGCCUACUACUACAACCACCACGCAAUUUACGACAACCGCGUCAACUGAAGAUCCCUCGACCACGCAUGCGCAUUCCUCAACCACCACCACUUCGCAGAAUGGAGAUGCCCCUGGUAUUGUCCGUGUGCUUGUCAGUAGAGGUUGUGAGUACUGUAAGAACAGAAAUGAUUCCAACUGUGAAGAUCUUUACUGCCCUGGAUGUUCUCCCGAGAAAAUCAUGGUAAGCCUAGGACUUCACACAAAAUGUCGGAUCUGUGAGCUGACGGGGGAUUGUCAAAGCUAUCCUGAGUGUGACCAGAUAAAUGGAAGGAGAACCACCACCACCAGCAGUACUGUCACCACACAACCCACCACCACCAGUACUGUCACCACACAACCCACCACCACCGUUAAUACAGUACCGAUGAGGAGAACAUGUGUCGCUAUUAACUACUAUGCCCAGAUUAUUGGAAUGGACAAAUGGUGUGAAGACAACUGCGGAACUGCCGCUGACAUUAACUGUUACCCAGACGUCUGCCAAUGUUCAGAUCCUUCUAUGCCGUUGGUACAGAAGUUGGACACAGGUGACGUCACAACAUGCAAGGCCAUAGGCCAAGUCGCCAACAUUCCGGGCAUGGACAAAUGGUGCACAGAUAAUUGCCCCACCAACUGUCCAGAAACAUACUGCUCAUGUGAGUUUGAAUUAUAUUUUAUUUCCAUUUGA